UCGCCUCUCUUCUUUUUCUCCUUUCUCCAAUCAGAAAAAAACAAACAGCAAACCCUAAAACCGUUCUCUCGCUCUCUUCCACUCUUCUCUCGUUCGUUCAUAAAUCCCUGUAAAACACCUAGCAACCUCAAUUAAACCCAUUUUUUCUUUCAAUUGACACCUACCCAGAAGCAUUUUCGUUUUCAUCUCUACGUAAAUAUUGGAAAAUUUUACAUAUGGAUAGAUACUUGUUGUUGUAAUCUUUGUAUAGGUAGAGACUGUGAGAGAGGGAGAGAAGCAGGGAAUAGAUUGAAAAUUGGCUUGAUUUGGAAGAGGAGAAAGAAAGCUGAUGGAUGGGAUACCGCACCCUAUACCUCGAACCGUUGAAGAAGUUUUCAGCGACUUCAAAGGCAGACGCAAUGGCUUGAUCAAGGCUCUCACCACCGAUGUUGAGAAGUUCUACCAACAGUGCGACCCAGAAAAGGAGAACCUGUGCCUAUAUGGACUUCCAAAUGAGACAUGGGAAGUUAAUCUGCCUGUGGAAGAGGUGCCUCCUGAGCUUCCUGAGCCAGCUCUGGGUAUAAAUUUUGCUAGAGAUGGGAUGCAAGAGAAGGACUGGUUAUCACUUGUUGCAGUUCACAGUGAUUCUUGGUUGCUUGCUGUAGCAUUUUAUUUUGGUGCACGCUUUGGGUUUGGUAAGAAUGAAAGGAAGAGGCUUUUUCAGAUGAUUAAUGAUGUCCCGACAAUAUUUGAAGUUGUGUCAGGAAAUGGGAAGAAUCCCAAGGACCAAUCUGCAACUAACAACAGUAGCAAAAGUAAAUCAAGUGGGAAAAUGCAAUCUCGGCAACCUGAACCUCAGACUAAGGCAGUGAAGAUGUCUCAGCCACCGAAGGAAGAUGAUGACAGUGGAGAAGAGGAAGAUGAAGAUGAUGAACAGGGUGCAACUUGUGGGGCAUGCGGCGAAAGCUAUGGCACUGAUGAAUUCUGGAUUUGCUGUGAUGUAUGUGAGAGAUGGUUCCAUGGCAAAUGUGUGAAGAUUACACCUGCAAAGGCUGAGCAUAUCAAGCAAUAUAAAUGUCCAGGUUGCAGUGGCAAAAGGGCUAGAGUUUGAAGUUAGAUGCUGAAUAUUGGAUUCGGAACAUUAAUUAAACAAAGCAGACAAGGCUUAGAACUUCACCUUGGCAGUUUAUAAAACGUAAAACAAAACAUUCUAGUCUAUGAAUUUGAAUGAUUGCUGAUUGGAUUUUAAGUUUGGUUACUGUUAUGUCUAAUUUCCCUGGGAGUUGUGUUUUUAAAUAGUUCGUGGCAACUACAGAUAUUCUAUUACAUAUGUUCAUGCAGUUUUCUUUUCUGUCC